AAUAAUAACUGAUACUACUGCUACUGUCACUUAAAUUUGCACCAAUAGUAUAAUUAUCAGUAGUUUAACUGCUUGUACAACUUAUACAACAACCACUUUUACUUCUACUCCUACAACAUAUUCUACUGCCAGCACCAGCAUUACUACUUCUACUACUACUACUACUACUACUACUAUAACUACUACUAUUUCUGCCCAAACUAUGCACAUUGUUUUAUGUUUUAUUCAUAUGUUGUGUAAAUUGUUGAACUCUGAUUUACUUUGAAUAAAAUGUGUUGCAUUUUUAUAAGUUAUUUUCUCCUCUUAUAAAGUCUAAGUUUUUUCCAGGGUCAGCUGAAAAUGUUAGAGUCUUUUCCAUGCUUAAAAAAUUCUAUGUUCCACUUUCCAUGCUAUCUGGAAAUAUUUUCCAUGGUUAUCCAGCCUAAAUCCAGCGUUUUCCAUUCCUUUUCCAUGCUUUUCCAUCCAAGGCUGGAAAAUGCUUGGAAAAAAGUCCACGUUUCAUGGACAUUUCUAGAACAAAACCCUGGAAACUGUUUCAAAUUCCAGGGAUUUCCAUGGAAUUCCAUGUUAUACCAUGGAUUUCCAGCCUAAGUUCCAUGAUUACCCUGGACAAUGUACACCCGGGCUGGACCAGUUUAGGCAGAGGGUGACCAAACUAGACCACAGUUUCUAAGCAGCUUCCACCAAGUAAAAUGACAGCCAGUGCAUUCCAUGUGGUAUUGUUUGAUGGGGAGGACUCUGUGGCAGUAGUGCCACAUAUUUGGUUACAUGAAAAUGGAUGUUGGUGGCCCCUGUAUAAAGGCCUUCAACGGCUCCAGAUAGCCGCAGAGAAAGAGGAAAUGCCUUCGGAAAAUUGGACAAAGCACAGUUGCCGAGUUCUUUAUACAGGUUCCUUUAUGGAGGCAGAAAAGAGAUUAAGGAAAGCGGAGGAGACAUCAGAUCUUCAGUCAGGUGAAGAAAACAUCCCAGCCAAAAGGAAAAAGAUUGCGCGACGUAGACUAGCUGAAUCAGACAGCAGCUGUGAAGAAGAGGCACUGGAAAGGAGACUACCGAAGCCACCAUUGGCACUGCGAACACCACCACAUGCACUGUCGACGCCUCUACCUUCGGUCCUCACAUCACCCACACUGCCAACGCCACCGCCUGCGUUCCUCAUAUCGCAACCUGAACUAUCAAGGCCACCAUCAUCCAAGAUAGUAAGCCAGACUCAACGGCCUUCGACACCUCGUGUCUCACUGGCCGCUUCCAUUCAAGGUGCUUACCUAAGCAGGAGUCAGGAAGCACGUGACACAAGAAUUUUUACAUUGUUGGAGUCUAUGAACGACAGUCUGGAAGACAACAACAGGCUUCUAAGACAACUAAUGGCCCGGGGCAUAGGUGGGGUAGAGGCAGCUGUGCCCACUGAGCUUCCAGAGGGAAUCAUCUUCCCUUUGAAGACUGUGGAUGACUUGGAGGCAGUGGAGACAAGAUUGGAUGACGAAACAACUGCUUCCUCUGUUGUGAAAUAUAUAGCUGACCUUGGUGGCCGAGAUGUGCAGGAUACUGUUAGCCGCACCAUGAAAACCUUGAUAGACAACAACCUAGCAAAGCAAUACAAUUUCACGGGCCAUAAGGGGAAAAGAAAGUUCGAGGGCCUAAACAUAACAGGCAUUAAUUUUCGUUGUCUGCGCAUGAAUCCCAUUACUAGACAAGCCAGCAUGAAGGACAUGGAGGCUGCUGUUACGAAGUGGCUUGGAGGGGCGAGGGACAGGAAUGGCAGACAGAAGUCCAGAGACACUCUUAGGAGACCUACUCUUGCAACACCUCCUCCUGGAUGGCCUUCCAGCACACCCUAACUUUUUUGGAAUUAAAAACAUAUAAUUAUUGAGUAUGUAUCAUAAUGGUGUGUAUUUAAUUUUUUGAACAAAGGGCAACAAACGGUUCAUUUAAUUAAUCUUUUAAACUUAUUCUGUACAUUACCUAGUCAGUAUUAUUUGAAGGUAUUUUAUUUUUAUGCCCCCCUUCGAAGAAGAAGGUGUAUAUUGUUUUGCACAUGUCGGUCGGUCCGUCCACCAGAUGGUUUCCGGAUGAUAACUCAAGAACGCUUAGGCCUAGGAUCAUGAAACUUCAUAGGUACAUUGAUCAUGACUGGCAGAUGACCCCUAUUGAUUUUCAGGUCAAAGGUCAAGGUUACUGUGACUCAAAAUAGUAAAAUGGUUUCGGGAUGAUAACUCAAGAAUGCCUAGGCCUAGGAUCAUGAAACUUCAUAGGUACAUUGAUCAUGACUGGCAGAUAACCCCUAUUGAUUUUCAGGUCAAAGGUCAAGGUCACAGUGACUCGAAACAGUAAAAUGGUUUCCGGAUGAUAACUAAAGAAUGCUUACGCCUAGGAUCAUGAAACUUCAUAGGUACAUUGAUCAUGACUGGCAGAUGACCCCUAUUGAUUUUCAAGUCAAAGGUCAAGGUCACAGUGACUCGAAACAGUAAAAUGGUUUCUGGAUGACAACUCAAGAAUGCUUAUGCCUAGGAUCAUGAAACUUCAUAGAUACAUUGAUCAUGACUGCCAGAUGACCCCUAUUAAUUUUCAGGUCACUAGGUCAAGGUCACAGUGACUCUAAACAGUAAAAUGGUUUCCUGAUGAUAACUCAAGAAUAAUUAGGCAUAGGAUCAUGAAACUUCAUAGGUACAUUGAUCAUGACUGGCAGAUGACCCUAUUGAUUUUCAGGUCAAAGGUCAAGGUCAGUGACAAAAAACGUGUUCACACAAUGGCUGCCACUACAACUGACAGGCCAUAUGGUGGGCAUGCAUGUUUUACAAACAGCCCUUGUUCCAAACUAUAUAAUUAAAUAUGGUAUUUAAUUCAUGUAUUACAUUUUUCUACGAUUCCUAGUCAGUAUUUCUAUAGGUUCUAGUCAGUAUUAUUUUGCAAACAUUUAACUAUUUUAUUGUAUGUAGUGCUUAUGGGAAACAUGUCUUGUUUUACAUUGUUGUCUUUGCAGGUUAAUAUUUAAGUAUUAAAAAAAGUAUCAGUAGCUUUGUAUGCAUGUUUUAUAAAGGAUGUUUUGCUUACCUGAGAGUUACUGGAUAAUUGAGUUUUGUUGACAGCAGUAAGUUCACUAUUUUGUGAAUAUUUUGUAUAGACUGAUAUAGGAAAUACUAGUAACAUUUUUUUUCACUCAUUUAAUGUCAUAACAAAUUAUUAUUUUUGAUGUAUCUAAAUAGAAGUCCUGUGUGCAAAAUUAGAUUUAAAAGUCUUGAUUCUAUCAUAAGUUGGCAACCUUUGUUUAUACACUGAUCCUCAAAGUUGGUCAUCAUAUUUAUCUAAUUGAACUGUUAGUAGUAAUUUAAUCAUCUCAUGAUAGACUCAAUUAAAUACAUGUACAUUCAGGGCUUCGAUAAAAUUAAUUUGUGUGAGGUUUUUUUUUUUUAAACAUACAUACGUCAAAAUGCCUGUGUAUCUUUAAUUGUGUAAUGUCUGCAUGUAUGUUUACCAUUGUGUUUGUUGCAUUAUAAUGUAUGACAUAUGUUUGAUAAAAAAAAGUCCGUCCAUUCUUACUGUAAGUGGUGUAAAUUCAACUGUAUAUGCAAAGACCGUGUGCACAAAAUGCUGCAGUGACUUGUAGUUGUGAUGUUUGAAUAAACCUUUGACAGAUUUG